UCCUGAUUUCAGUAAGUCCUUCCGUGCCCCAUUGGUCACACUAUAUUGCGUCACGUAGUCGCGCGCGUCCCGUUGCGUCCUCCGCCCGCUCCGUUCAGUCUCUCUCGCCCUUGUCCUUGUCCUGUUCGAUCGAGUUGGCUGCUACAUAGUUUCACUCGCGUAGCUGGCCUAGAAGCCAAGGAUUAGGAUCCAGCGAUGAAGGGCAUGGCUGGCGCUGACGGCAUGGGGUCCAUGGCGAUGGCGCCGCCGCUCGGUGACCACGCGGGGAAGACGGCGCCGCCGCACAUGUCGAUGACGCACAUGUCCUUCUUCUUGGGCGACCGCGCGGUGGUGCUCUUCCCGGGGUGGCCGGGCGCGCGCGGCGCAGGGGCGUACCUCCUCUGCCUCCUCUUUGUGCUCGCCCUCGCCGCGCUCACCGAGGCGCUCGCCGCGGUCUCGCGCUGCGUCGCCCGCCGCGGCCGCGGCGAGGGUGGCGACGGCAGCGCCCCCGCGUCCUCCGCGGCGCUGCUGACGGCGGCGCACGCGGCCAGGAUGGGGAUGGCGUACCUGGUGAUGCUGGCCGUCAUGUCGUUCAACGCCGGCGUGUUCCUCGCCGCCGUCACCGGCCACGCGCUCGGGUUCCUCCUCGCGCGGAGCAGGGUGCACCCGGGCACCGCUCGCGGGAGCGGUGCCGCCGCUCGUGACCGCGAGCUCGGUGGCUUGGGCAUCCCUCCCUCGGAUGGCUCCAAGCCGUAGACUGCAUUGCUACUCGGUUAAAAAACAGAUGCUCGUCUCGACUCUCGUGUUGCCCUGUGUUUGUAUGCAUCUGAAGUUCUCAACACUUGAUCCAUGGUCGAAAGUACCAUUGCCAUCUCCUCUCCUGUCUCUCCUGUCUUUUGUGUUAUGGAGUAUGUUGUAAAGAUGGCAUGAUGUACCUUGCUAAA